AAUUUCACCUUAGCGUUUCUUAUAUCUGGAAUCAGGCAAGAAGGAAGAUGCAGUUUUAAGUGCAGUAUCUUCCAAGGGUAAGCAGUUCUAACAGGUAAGGUCAUUGCUGUAUGACACCUCUCUUUUGUGAGUGACAGAAAACACAGCCGACAGGGAGGGAAGCAGAGCCUCGCAGUCCCCCGGAAUCCUCCCGGCAGCCGGGCGUUCGUGGCUGCAGGGACCACGGUGUCAAAGUCACGCCCUAGAGCAGCUUUUCAAACCAGCAGCCGAGGGGCAGCGCCCGUUCUCUGGCGGGGCGGCUCUCCCGGGGCGGGCCGGAACGGGCCGGUCCCGCCGGCGAAGCGCCGGGCUGUGCCGGCGGGCGGGGGCCGCUGGGGCAGCGGGUGCCCGGCCGGGGUGAGCCGGCGAGGAGGCGCUCGGUUGCACAACUAACCUCGUGCCGGCUGGGGCAGCUCUUCCUCCGCCCCCCGCCUCUUCCUCCUUCUCCUCAUUUAUUUAUUUCAUUUAUUUUAUUGCAUUUAUUUAUUUAUAUUCACCGGAAUAAUAAAAAUGAGAAAAUCCGAGCCCUGCUUUUGGCUGCUCUCCACCAACCUGUCAGUGACGCAAGCGGAGACUACUUAAAGGCAGAUUAGAGGCAGCAAGACAUUAAAAGCCAACCUUCCUCCCUCCACGCCGCGGGUCCGCCGCAUCGCGCCGCGCCACGAGCUGAGCGGACCGGGCUGGUGGCGGCCGCCGCGGGGCCCCGAGCGGAGCCGAGUCCAGCCGAACCUAGCGCUGCCGAGCGGAGCUCUGAGUCCUCCGGCAGGGCUGUCACCUCCACCCGCCUUCCCCUCACUGGACUGCGGGCGGUAGAGAGGGGUUGCUCUUUCGUUUGUUUUUCCUCCCUCUAAAAAAAAAGGGGGGGGGGCGGAGAUAGGAAAAGGAAGGACGAAGUGAAAAUCCCCUCCGCUUGCCAAAGUCUUUGUCUCCGGAUGAACAGCGAUGGGGGAAUGGACUAUUCUAGAGAGGCUACUGGAAGCUGCCGUGCAGCAGCAUUCUACUAUGAUAGGGAGGAUUCUGCUGACCGUGGUGGUGAUCUUCAGGAUACUCAUUGUGGCCAUUGUAGGGGAGACGGUGUACGAUGACGAGCAAACUAUGUUUGUCUGUAACACGCUGCAGCCAGGCUGCAACCAAGCUUGUUACGACCAGGCUUUCCCCAUUUCUCAUAUAAGGUACUGGGUGUUCCAGAUCAUCAUGGUGUGCACUCCCAGUCUCUGCUUCAUAACGUACUCUGUUCACCAGUCUGCUAAGCAGAGGGAACGGAGGUACUCCACCGUCUUCCUCACCUUGGAGAGGGACCAGGAUUCAAUGAAGCGUGAGGACAGUAAGAAAAUCAAGAACACGAUUGUCAAUGGGGUGCUGCAGAACACUGAGAACUCCACCAAAGAGGCAGAACCAGACUGCUUAGAAGUGAAGGAAAUCCCCAAUCCUGCUAUCAGAACUACAAAAUCAAAGAUGAGGAGGCAAGAAGGCAUUUCUCGAUUUUAUAUCAUCCAAGUGGUCUUUCGAAAUGCCCUAGAGAUUGGAUUCUUAGUGGGACAGUAUUUUCUGUAUGGAUUCAAUGUCCCUUCCAUGUAUGAAUGUGACAGAUAUCCUUGCAUUAAAGAAGUAGAGUGCUAUGUCUCUAGACCCACUGAGAAGACUGUAUUCUUGGUAUUCAUGUUUGCUGUCAGUGGGAUUUGUGUGGUGCUCAAUUUGGCAGAACUGAACCACUUGGGCUGGAGAAAGAUCAAAAUGGCAGUGAGAGGAGUACAGGCAAAAAGGAAAUCCAUAUAUGAAAUCAGAAAUAAGGACCUGCCAAGAAUGAGCAUGCCUAACUUUGGCAGGACUCAGUCAAGUGACUCAGCUUAUGUGUGAGUCUGUGACAGAACUGAAACACUGUGCCAGGUGGAACAGACCCAGAGACCAUUAGAGAAAGGUACAUUGCUUAGGCAAGCAUUUUAACAAACCACCAAGAAAGCCAUUAAGGUAUUGGAUCCGCAGUUACUGAACUAGCUGCAAAAUGCAGUGCUAUGUAAAAGACUGAAAAAACAGCUAUAAAACUAUGCUUGAUCUAGCCUUACAGCACAGCUACUAUUAUUCCUACUUUUCUUUAAAAUGAUUGGGUGUUAUCUGUUGGUGGAGCGGCUUUUUGGUCAUCAUUAGGAUAAGUUUACAGUUUGGACUGUCUAAUUGUUGUAAACGUGUAGAAUGUUCAUAUUAAAAUCUGCAAGGAUACUCUAUAUGGGGUGGGGAAAACAGUUGCAAUGUGCAGGUGUAAGCAUGUUUUAAAAGAAGGGUAGUUGCACUGUAAGCAACCUGACCACAGUUCAAUCAGGAUAUAUGCGUUCACCUAUCUCACAGAUGUCUUAUAUUAUUUUGCUUGCCCAAAUCACAGAGUUUAUUCCUGGUGUGUAUUACUAGGUAUUUUCUAUCAUAGCUUGUGCAUCAAUUAGUUAUGCUAAACAAUAAAUGCUGAAUAUAAUUUUGCCAUUUUUUUAUUUGCCUAUCCUCACACAUGCACCAGAGACCUUAAUCAUCUUACAUUAGUUGUGAUCUGCAAAAUAUAUCAGUACAUUACAGUUCAUUCCCUAAUAUGUGCAUGGAUAAGAUGGAGCUGGUUCAUGCCAGCCAAGCUAUGUAUUUACUUAUAAUUACCUAUGAUGACACACACACCAAAGGAACAGAGUUAAUUGCUUUUAACUGUGAAUAUAUCAUCUUCUCUCUGCUCUUAUUUAUAUAAGUGCCAUACUUGAAACAUCUGACUCUGUACUUAGUCAAAAGGUCAUCUUGGGAUACCAGCUGGAAUAAAGUGAUUUUAUACUCUCCUUUGUUUAUUUUAUGCUGUUUAGUCAUUGCAAUGGUGUAAAAAACAGCUAAAAUCUUUAUUGAUAAAUAAAGUACUUGCCUUUUUUUUUUUUUUUGGUAAGCCAGAAAGAUUUAUUCUUCUUUAUUAUUGUAUACAGUUGUAGAAAUGUACAGGAUCAAAAUAAUUGACUUAUGACAAUUAUUCUUCAGGGUUUAAAGUGUCUUGUUGAUAUUCUAAACUCUAAGUGACAAAACCUGGGAAAUCAGGACUACUUGUUAUGCCUGUUUUCCUCCUUAAGCAAGCUUUCUCUGUCUUUAAAGCCUGAUCCAAAGCCCACUGACACCAAGAGCCUUCUUUCUGCUGACAUACAGGGCAACACAGUUGUCUGCCAAGGUCACUUUGGGAAUAGUCAGAGUGCGUUUACCUAUAAAUGAAACAAUUGCAGAUUUUCAUCAGGGAAUCCGAAUAGUAACCUCAGCUUUUCUGCAUUACAGCUGGUUCAAGAAAUACACUCUUUGUGUUCUGUCAAGUUACUGGUAAGCUACUGGGGCAGUCACAAAUAAAUCUCUGUUAACAGCAACCGUUUUAACAUAGGAGGCUAAGUUUUUCCUAAGGACCUUAUGUAAUUCCCACUGAUUUCAACAGAAAAUAUCCCACUGUCAACAGUAGGAGUUGGAUCAGGACUGAAAAUAUAUAGAAGUGCAUUCCUAACUAAAUAGUGUCUGCCCUUUAAAGAAAAGGGCCAAAAUGGUGCUGGAAUAUUCAAGGAUGCUUUAUAACGUAAGAAAGAGACAGGCUCAGAGUCACAGAUGGCCUUUUGAUUGUAUUUUUUUCAAGCCUAAAAAUGGCUUUUAUUGCAUUUUGGCUUGGAGAUAAUGCAUAUUAACCUUUUCUUUUUGGCUUACGGUGAAUACUUUAAUGUUUCAUUCUUGUGGUUUGCCAGUAUUGCCACUUAAAAAAAAAUCGAUUAAUUCUUAGAUAGUAUAUUCAUUAUCAUUUUCAUCCGUGGCCUUUUUUCUUCCACUGUGAAACAUAAGAAGACUUUGAGAUGUGUCGUGUUUUUAAGGAUAUUUUCAAAAGUAUUUAAUGUAUAUAAUGAACAAUUUUUCGAAUUUGAUUGUAGAAACCUAUAGAGACGGAUUUAUGAAAUGAUUCUUUGCGUUAUAAAUGCACACUGAUAUUGCUAGUUGACUGCAUGCUCACUGGAAGACUGCAUGUUAUUUUUAGAAGGACAACAUGGCAGCUAAAAUCUCCAUCUGCAAUAUAACAAGCUUCUGAAGAUUAUUAUUUGGCACAGAAUUCCAAGUCUAAUUUUCAUUUUUCUCAGUCCCGGGAUGGUUGGCAAAACAUUCUUUUGAAUAGAUAUUAAAGGGAAAAAUGUUGUUUGACAGUCAUAAGCAUUGUUUUAAUGUUGAAGAAACAGGAGAUUGUGUGCAAAGGACUUGAUCCAGUGCCAAUUAAAGUUGAAGGAAAAAACCUCAUGCUGAAUUCCCUGGGCUUUGGUUCAGGUUCAGCAUAAUUUCCUGUUAGGCAGAAGCCCUAAUGCAAGUUAUUUCCAGCGGCUGCAUAGCAGUGUUUAGUCAAACUCUAGUGAACGUUCAUGUUUUGAAAACUGUAAGGUUUUAAUACCUUCUAAUUCUUUAGGUAGGACUAAUAAAGAAUUUGUUUAUAAUAGUCAAUGCCAGUGACUCAGUUAAUUCAAUUGUUUUAGGCGGUUGCACAUUUUGUACUCCAGUAAUCAGGGAUUCUUUAGAAUUUUCAUAAGAGAAACAUAUAAAGAAAUGUAAAUGUUAAUUUAUGCAACAGGAUCAGUGAUAAAGUAGACACAGACUAAUUUUUUUGAUCGACAGAAAUGCCAUCCUCCAUAUUUACACUAAAUAGAAUACAGCUUUUCAUAUUUCAGAAGAGAAAUGAAAUGGUGUCGAGAUUAGUUGUUGUAAUCUUCCUUUUCAACUGUUGUUUUUCAUUUCUAACCAACUACAUGUUUUUCAUGGACAAAAGAAAUAUUGCAAACACUUUUAAAAUCAAUGUAUCAUGUGAGAGUCAUAUGAUUAAUGUUAAUGGACUGUUUGCAUGGAAGCUGACUAUUCAUUUACAGAAUAAUGCAUUAAAAUUGUCACAGCAAUGGAAAAGUUUGUUAACUGAACACAACUGAGUGAACACGAAGCUGAAGGGCACAUUACUGGCCACUUAGGACUUGCUCAAGCCUUGAUGAAGUGAAUUAGUCUUGCCAUUGACAUCUGUGGAAGAAUCAGACAUUAAAUAUGAACAUUAAAUUCAUGUUUGUUUUAUUCAUCGUACACCCUGUUUUUGUACUGGUGGACAAUAUUGUAUAUCAUCAUGUUUGCAAACAUAAAAAAUAUGUUGACUAAGCUCUUAUGGAAAACUGUGAUAGAAUUUAAUUCACUAUUGGUUCUGUGGAAUUUUAAAAUUUACAUAAAAUAAUUAUAUUAUUUCAUUUUUACAUAA